UUAGCCCUUGACGUAUGAAGAGGACGGUAGCAACAGUUGCCUCGAGACCCUCGCUCGCCAUAGUGACUGUAGUCGUGGAGACAGUUACUUACCAACGGGAGCAACACUCAGCAACAGCAGCAGCAGCAGCAACAGCAACUGGAGGAGAGAGAGAGAGAGAGGGAAAAGAACAGUAAAGCCAGGGCAGAUCUAAGCAGAAGGCUGAGGAGAAACCAUGCAGCGGUCAGAGGGCGGCUCGGAGACGGCGUCCACUGUGGCGCUGAGAACAUCCACUUCAGCCCAGGCGCCGGUGGUUCAGCCCGUUCCCGCCUCCCAACAGCGUGUGUUAGUUCAGGCCACCGGCUCUUCCCAGAAGGGAGCUCAGGUGCAGCAGUUGCCAGUGCCUAGAGUACAACAGGUCCCUCAGCAGGUACACACACACACACACACACACACAGGACAGUCAAUCAAGCCCUGCAUGCUCACUCUUGAAGUGGCGAUUGAAAACCUCCAAAAGUCAGAAGGGAUUGCCACUCACAAAAGCAGCCUGCUCAACAGCCAUAAAACUGAAAGGUUUAAGCCCUUUCACAAGAUGGAUGGGAUGGGGGACAGUCUGAACAGCGGCUCUCAGCACUCGUCCAGCACCCCUGAGCAGAGUGUGGCGGCACAGAGCCAGCAUCACCAGCAGUACAUUGAUGUGUCUCACGUCCUGCCCCCCUUCCCUUCUCCUGAUCUGGGCUCCUGUCCUCUGCCUGAGCCAAUCAGCAUGAACGAUGUGAAAAAACUACAGAGCAACUACAGGAUUCACUGUGAGGCUACUCUGGAUGUAGUUAUGAACUUGCAGUUCCAUCUCAUAGAGAAGCUAUGGCAGACCUUUUGGUAUUCAACAGCGCCAUCCAGUGACGGAGCCACUACCAUUCCUAACAGUGAAGAGGAUGUGGAGGACAUCAGAGGAUUCCCCAGAGAGAAGCUGAUCGCUCUGUGUAAAUAUGAACCAAUCAAACAGUGGAUGAGGAGCUGUGAUCACAUCCUGUAUCAGGCACUGGUAGAGAUCCUCAUCCCUGAUGUACUGCGGCCUGUUCCAAGCACCCUCACUCAAGCUAUCAGAAACUUCGCAAAGAGUCUGGAGGGGUGGCUGACCUCAGCCAUGAGUGACUUCCCACAGGAGAUUGUCCGCACUAAGGCUGCAGUAGUGAGUGCGUUUGCGCAGACCCUGCGCCGCUACACCUCUCUGAAUCACCUGGCCCAGGCAGCACGAGCCGUCCUGCAGAACACGUCCCAGAUCAACCAGAUGCUCAGCGACCUCAACAGAGUGGACUUUGCUAACGUACAGGAGCAGGCGUCCUGGGUGUGUCAGUGUGACGAGAGUGUCGUCCAGCGUUUGGAGCAAGACUUUAAGGUGACCCUCCAGGAGCAGAGCUCUCUGGAUCAGUGGGCCGCCUGGCUGGAUAACGUUGUCAACCAAGUGCUGAAACCCUAUGAGGGCAGUACUAGCUUCCCCCGCGCCGCACGCCAGUUCCUGCUCAAGUGGUCCUUCUACAGCUCCAUGGUGAUCAGAGAUCUGACUCUGCGCUCGGCUGCCAGCUUCGGCUCCUUCCACCUCAUCCGUCUGCUUUAUGAUGAAUACAUGUUCUAUUUGGUAGAACACCGUGUUGCCAUGGCAACCGGAGAAACGCCCAUCGCUGUCAUGGGGGAGUUCAGUGACCUCAGCUCCAUGAUGCCAUCACUUAUGGAGAAAGAUGCCUCAUUCUCAGACGAUCUGGCCAGUGAUGGAGACAUGUCGAGGAUGAGCGAGAGGAGCAUGAGCGAGCCGGCGGUGAAGAGCGAGCGAAUCGAGAUCAGUCCCUCCCUGCAGGAGAUCUAAUCAGCCUCACCCCUGACCACCGCAGACCCAGCCGGACCACCUCAAAAAGCUGCCGGUGGCAAAGAUAACACUCAUCUGUGAGGUUUUUCUUUAUCUUGAGGGUACAUAGGUCUGCUUAGGGUCAGUGU